UUUUUUAGAUUAAUCAAUCACUUCAUAAAUACUCCUUUGCUACUUAUACGGUUGCUAGUGCGCUGCUCAUCGACAACCCGAUGUGGUGCUCCUUACCCAGAUUUAUCCGCCCCAUCACCGCCGUAUCACCUUCAUCACUUACUAUUUUAUGCCACCACGGAGUUUCGGCGGCACCGGAAAAACUAGAAUAUAGCACCCAACUCGUCACACGGGAAUACGCUGACCUAAAUCUCUCCAACAAAGAUUGCCAGGAGGUUGGCCAUGUUAGGGUCCGGCAGCAUGUUAAUCCUCUCAGUUUUUCCAAAAUGGUACCGGUGGAACUCCCAGAUUGGAAUGCUGUUUAUAAAGAUGCUAAGCUUCCAUUGAUGGUGGAUAUUGGUAGCGGUAGUGGGAGAUUUCUCCUAUGGCUUGCCAAAAGAAACUGCGGAUUGAAGAAUUAUCUAGGAUUGGAAAUACGUCCUAAAUUGGCCAAACGUGCUGAGCAUUGGGUACAUGAACUAGGGCUGAACAAUAUCCACUUUAUGCAUGCCAAUGCAGCGGUCUCCUUCAAACAAUUUAUAUCCACAUAUCCAGGUCCCUUGGUUUUAGUUUCUAUAUUGUGUCCAGAUCCUCACUUUAAGAAAAAGCAUCAUAAAAGAAGGGUUGUGCAGAAGCCUCUAGUCGAUUCCAUUGUAAAAGGCUUAGUUCCUGGAGGACAGAUAUUCAUACAAUCAGACGUCCAGGAAGUAGCAGUUGACAUGAGGAAAUAUUUUGAUGCUGAAUUUGACAAGCUUGUGCAUAUUAACCAUGUUGAUCCUAAUAUUCUUUGCGACAAUGAUGGGUGGUUGUUGAGCAAUCCAAUGGGCAUAAGGACAGAGAGAGAGAUCCAUGCAGAACUCGAAGGCGCAAGUAUUUACAGAAGAAUGUAUCAGAAACAAUGGUAACCAGCUGAAGAAUCUUUAGACUAACCAGACCUCAGAACAUGAGACCUGCACUCAUUUCUGCUUGGAGUUGGAAGAAGUGGUUGAUUUGUCAAGGAAUGGAAACACGGCCUGGUGCAACAGUCUCCUUUCGCCGUUUCAGAGUUUCCCCGUGUCAGGAUUUUGCAGUUGCUCCUCUACCCCCCACAUCAAUCUCUGUUUACAUUCUCAUUGUGAAAAUAUCAUUCAUUUUCUUUCCUAGUAUUAAUAUAUUCCAUUUAGAAAGUUUGAUGUUGACUAUAAAGCACUUUCUUUUUUCAUUGAUGAAGUGAUAUAAAUUGAAGAAUUCAUAAUA